AUGGCGAUCCCACAGCGAGACCCAGACACACCACCGCCCACGCCCAGGCCCACGCCCGCGCACAUCCCACACAUCCACGCCGUCCCCCCGCGCCCUCGCCUCCACGCCGCCACCAGCACAACCACCACCAGCUUCGCCCUGCCCCCGCCAACCUACAGCUCCCUCGCCGAGCUCUCCCUCGCAGCCUCCAUCCUCCUACCGCGCAGCCUUCCCCCCUCCGUCACCGUCCCCGUCCUCCCGCCCGCCCUGCGCCGCCUCAGCCGCCGCCCCUCCGCCCGCCUCGUCUGGGCCGCCCUCUUCGCCGACGGCCCCGCCCGCGCCGCGGCGCGCCUCGUCCUCGCCAUCCUGACAAACCACGUGCGCCGCAUGCUGGCCCCCUCGCUCGGCGCCUGGGUGUGCGCGACGCCGCUGGCCGCUCUCAAACUGGCCGUCGGCAGCCCGCACCUGUUCCUCGACGCGCAGCUGGUGCUCGCGUCGGCGCCGGCUGCGUGGGGGGCCGUGGCGCAGAAGGGCGCCGUCGAUGUCCUCGGCGGCGCCGCGGCGCGGAUGAUGGUGGAGGCCGACGCGAAGAGCGCAUCCGGGACCGCGCGGGAGGUUGCCGUGGUUGGCGUUUUGGUUUGGGCGCUUGCGGCGGCCGAGUAUGUCCAGGCGAGGACGUGCCAUGCCGUUGCUGUCGUGCUUGCUGUUGGGAAGCUCGUCGGCGGGCCGGCGGGGUGCUCCCCCGCCGCAUACCCCAGAACACCAGCGAGCGUGUUGGCGAAAUACCUCUCGAGCCUCAACACCCUGACGAUCAAGUAUGGCACCAAUGGACGAGCAGGUUAG